GGAGUUCAUUGUAAAACGCACCGGAAGUGGGUCCGGCGGCUUUCUUUCCGUCGCGGAGAGCAUCGGCCGGCUACCGUUCCGGCGGCCAUUGCGAAAACUUCCCCACGGCUACUGCGUCCACGUGGCGGUGGCGUGGGGACUCCCUGAAAGCAGAGCGGCAGGGCGCCCGGAAGUCGUGAGUCGAGUCUUCCCGGGCUAAUCCAUGCCGGGUUGGAGGCUGCUGACGCAGGUCGGCGCCCAGGUGCUGGGUCGACUCGGGGACGGCCUGGGUGCUGCCCUGGGCCAGGGGAACAGGGUAACGACUAACAGUUUAAAUGUGAGCCUUAUCCGAAGGAACGUGGGGAGUGAGGAAAAGGUUGGAGACCUGAAAAAAAGAACACACAUCUGGCUUUUUGUUAGAGGUCUUCAUGGAAAGAGUGGUACAUGGUGGGAUGAGCAUCUUUCUGAAGAAAAUGUCCCAUUCAUUAAGCAGUUGGUCUCUGAUGAAGAUAAAGCCCAAUUAGCAAGUAAACUAUGUCCUCUGAAAGAUGAACCAUGGCCUAUACAUCCUUGGGAACCAGGUUCCUUUAGAGUUGGUCUUAUUGCCUUGAAGCUGGGCAUGAUGCCUUUAUGGACCAAGGAUGGUCAAAAGCAUGUGGUCACAUUACUUCAGGUACAAGACUGUCAUGUCUUAAAAUAUACGUCAAAGGAAAACUGUAAUGGAAAAAUGGCAACCCUGUCUGUAGGAGGAAAAACUGUAUCACGUUUUCGUAAAGCUACAUCCAUAUUGGAAUUUUACCGGGAACUUGGAUUGCCGCCGAAACAGACAGUUAAAAUCUUUAAUAUAACAGAUAAUGCUGCAAUUAAACCAGGCACUCCUCUUUAUGCUGCUCACUUUCGUCCAGGACAGUAUGUGGAUGUCACAGCCAAAACUAUUGGUAAAGGUUUUCAAGGUGUCAUGAAAAGAUGGGGAUUUAAAGGCCAGCCUGCUACGCAUGGUCAAACGAAAACCCACAGGAGACCUGGAGCUGUUGCAACUGGUGAUAUUGGCAGAGUCUGGCCUGGAACUAAAAUGCCUGGAAAAAUGGGAAACAUAUACAGGACAGAAUAUGGACUGAAAGUGUGGAGAAUAAACACAAAGCACAACAUAAUCUAUGUAAAUGGCUCUGUACCUGGACAUAAAAAUUGCUUAGUAAAGGUCAGAGAUUCUAAACUGCCUGCAUAUAAGGAUCUCGGUAAAAAUCUACCAUUCCCUACAUAUUUUCCUGAUGGAGAUGAAGAGGAACUGCCAGAAGAUUUGUAUGAUGAAAACGUGUGUCAGCCCGGUGCGCCUUCUAUUACAUUUGCCUAACAUCUUUGGACGUGGCAGAACCUUACAUAUUCUGUGAGCUUCGAUGAGCCAGAGUGAUAUCAUAACCACCAGAAAUCAUACUCUCCUUUCUUAGUCACAACAAAAUCACACAUGUCAUCUUUGUCAAGGGCAUAAAUAUAUCAUUCAUACCUCCAUUAAAUUUUGUUAGAAAAAUUACAUUAAAUAUAUGAGUUAAGUAGAUUGGAUUUGCUGAAAUUGGUGUUGGGCAUAUUAGCAAAAUAUUCUUAAUUUGUGGACUCGAUUCUUUUUUACUACAUAUUUCCCAAGUUAUCUUAAGAUGUCUGUAAAUUUAACUUUUAUUAAAGUUUUGUCAAUCUUUGUGAAGUAGUGGUUGUGGAACAGUAGAAAACCAUAUGGGGACUAUAGUGCAACCUAUUUGGGUAAAGAAACCAUUUGCUAAAAUGGAGAAAGUAAAGAGAUUUUUAUUUAAAUUACAGAAACAUGUUAAAGGCCGGACAAAGGAAAGACAAUAAAAUCAUAAAUUACC